GCCCCUCCCUUUGGUUCCCUUGGCAGCCGCACAGGAGCAGCAGGCGCAGCAGCUCUGAGGCGCUGGGCGGGAAGAGGAGGAUGGCGCCGGGCUCCUUGGUGCAGCUGGCACCGCGCUCCCUGGCGCUCGUGCUGCGCCGCCUCAAGCAGAGGCCCCACGGAGGAGACCGCGAGGACGGCGAGGAUGAGGCGGGCGCGGCCGUGUUCGCGGCGUUCGUGCGGGCCAACGGCGCCUGCUACUGGGACGCGGCUGUGUCGCGGGCGGUGGGGCGAGUGCGGCUGCAGGGCUGGCUGCGGGGAGGCGUGCUGCUCCUCCAGGGCCCCGCGGGGCCCCUCCACAGGCUGCGCCAGGCCUGGCUCCGGAGGGCGCUGCGCCCGCCAGAAGGCUUCCUCAUCCGCGCCGUCGGUGAUGUCUCUCCUGUGCAUAUGAAUCCCAUUUCGCAAUCCCAGUUUGUGCCUUUGGAAGAAGUCUUGUGCUGUGCUAUAUCUGAUAUGAAUGCGGCUCAUAUUACGGUUACACAGGACACUUUGCUGGAUCAGUUGGGGAAACAUUACCCAGGAAUUGCAGCUCCCACCCACGACAUUCUGUACAGUACGCUUGGAAUGCUGAUUAAAGAACGGAAGGUAUAUCACACCGGAGAAGGAUAUUUCAUAGUGACCCCAAAUACCUAUUUCACCUCUCACAAUUCCAUGAAAGGCAACAAGAAGGCCCUGUUAGAAGACAGUUGCCCUCCAGAACCUUCUGUCACUUACCUUGUAAGCAUGGAGGCCCAAGAGACUGAGCAACAUAAUUUGCCUGUUGCAUCUCACUGCAGGUCCUGUCAUUGUUUCCCUGAGCAUACUGCAAGGGGUGAACUGAGGCCUCAACAGCUAAUGAGCCAGGAAAUUAAGAAAGGAUCUGGCGAAUCCAGAUUUACAGUUCAGAAUUCAGCCUCCGAUACACCUGGUGGCAACCAUUCCUGCACGGCUGCUCACUCUGUCCAUUCAGUGAAAGAAAAAGAGAAGGUGAAAAAGUUUAGUCUUAGCCUUUUCUGGCGCAGCCACUCUAAGAAAGAAAAAUCUAAAAAAACCCACUCUUCAUUUUCUGCUCAGUUUCCUCCUGAAGAAUGGCCAGUCCGGGAUGAAGACGAUUUGGAUAACAUCCCACGUGAUGUCGAACAUGAAAUUAUCAAGCGUAUUAACCCAGUACUGACAGUGAACAACUUAACUAAGCACACCGUGCUGAUGCAGAAAAUAGAGGAGCAGAAGAAAUAUGUCAGUAAAGGAACCUCUACGGAAAUGUUGACAAUGAAGCACAAACAUCUUUCCAGACGAGGCAGCCGGAAAAAACAAAGUAAAGCUGCAAAACAUCACAGGAAAAACCAAUCCAACAAAGAAAAACAAAAUGGUAUGACGCAGAGAGACUUUAAAAAUGAGGAAGUAACAACAGCAAAAGGCCAAGCGGAUAACACUGUUGAACUUCCAUUAUCUUGUAUUACAAUGGGAAAUGCAACAGAAAUCAACCCCCAUUCCAUCUACAAAAAAGAAAUCGAUAAUCCAUUUCAAAAUAUUCCUUAUAGAAGGAGUAAGUCAACAAAAGAGCACAAAAAGCAAAAAUAUGGUUCUAUAAAGCCCAGAACGUCUAGAUCAGAAAGUUUUCAAAGAAAUGUGAAUUCUUCAAGAGUUGGGGAUUCUAAAGCCAGACAGUCAUUCACAGUCAAAUAUGAUUUUGAUGACGAAAAAAAGAAAAAACUUCAUUACUCACAAUACCAGGGUUCAGAAAGAGAUGGUAAAUACAGAUAUUUGAGGGAGAAUGCACCCUGCGAACAUGGAGGAGUGAACCCAAAACAUGUGGCACCAAUCCAGGUAGCUCCUCACACUUAUACUGCACCCAUGGGUGAAGGAGCAGAAAAGACAUGCUCACGAAAUUCCAGUCAAGCUCAUCUAUGUGACCAAUCUGGAACAUAUGGUUUACUAGAUCCACAUUUUGAUCACUUACAAAAUGUCUGUUUCCCCAGUGAUACAGAUGUCGUGCACCCAUUUGAACAAUCUGAAGAUAUUGUUUCUCACAGAGAAGGGAAAGAUUUGAAGAAUGAACUGAAAUCUGAUGACACGAGCAAAUGGCUGGAGUCCAUUAACCAACAAUAUAAAGGAUUAACGUAUGAUGUGGAAACUGCAUGUCAGAAAGUGGACACUGGUGAUGUUGGUUGCAGUUCUUCAUAUCACAGUGGUGAACAGGAGCAACAUAUGGAAUUGUCCAAGUUACAAUCCAGCCAACUCCCGUUUAGUUCUUUAAAUAAAGGGAUGUGGGAAAACUUAGAACAGGAGCUGGGUAUUGAAGAAUACAGAACUGGAAUGCACAAGGUUGAUAUGUCUGACCACGAUGAAAGGGAAUUUAACAAUCUUCCUAGAGCAAAGGGUAUCUUAAAGGAAUAUCAGAGCAUAACUCCUGAAGGACAAAGUUGUAUUUGCCAACAAAUACCCCCUUUUGCUUACAAAAAGAAUGAAGAAAGAGAUAAAGCUUAUGACCAUGGGCGGAUGUCUAAUAUUGUUGAACCUCGUGUGUUUGACUUCUACGAUGUCCAUGAAGCAGAGACCAGAAUUUGGCAGAAAUCGUUGAACGAAAUAGGUGGGAAAUUAGCAUCUCUGACGCUGCCACCGAAAGGAUGGGAAAUUAAGUCAAAGUCUGCGGGAAAGGAACGGUCAUUUGACAACACUAAUGAUGGUGCAGUUCUUGAUCAGAGAGUGCAGCAUGAGCAAAACCACUUGGAAGGGACUGGAAACCACAGCAUAACAGGAGAUAGUGGAAUAGAUUCUCCCAGAACUCAAAGUAUGGCAUCUGCUAGUUCUGCCAUCUUGGAUGGACUGAAGAAAAGGAGAAGCUUCCUCCUGAAUAUGGAAGGCUUGGAGAAGACUAUACAGAAUGGAACAACUCUUACUUGCAGUUCCCUGCUUCAGUUGACUCCAGUUAUGAAUGUUUAAUUUUUUUUACUACCACAUGUUUUUUUCCUUUGUAAAUAUGUCAAUAUAUUUACUGUAAAUGUCAUAAGCUAUUAAAUAUGUUAAAGUAGAUUAAAAUCAUAAUAGUCCCCUUUUACCAUGUAUGGAAGAUUUUUAAUAAACCUUUUCCUGCGUCUUUUUAUAA